CUUAGUAAUCACUGUAGUUUGAUCCCACUCAAAGUUUGAAAACCAUUUCUAAACAUUUUUGUGCCUUAUCCACUUCAAAACUAAAAAUGUAUUUAUUUAUUUUAAUAACAAUCCAACUUUCAUUAAGAAUAUGAAAGAUCAAAUAAUAAAAAAGGACUGUUGUCAAAAUAAAUAAAAUACAGAUUACAAAAUAAUUUGAAUUGUGGGCUCAUAAAGAAACACUGAAGUAGACUGAAUUCCACAAGUCCUCCCACAAAGUAUCUUUCUUCUGAAUUCCUCCUUUACAGCCAAGUAAAUAACAAAGCUGGAAACAAAAAAAACUUGUUAGGGAACUUGACCUUAUCCACUAGGAAGGAGGGUUCAGAAUGACUCCUUUGGCACCUCGUGAAUGCUCAACCUUUGAAGGUUAAGUUGAAUCCCUGCCAAAAACAUCUCAACUCUGGUGGGAAAAGGACAGAACCAUAGCAGAUAAUUUAUAUCCUCGGCUUCACUACACAAUACAUGCCAUUUUGGGCAUCUUGCUUGAGAGGAGGCUUUCAAAACUUCAAAGUAUCAAUUAUUCCUAAAGCAACCAACCAAGCAAAUAAUUGAAUUUUCUUGGAGCCUUUUAUUUUGCACAAGGAAGUGAAGAAAGAAUAAGAUGAAGAUGGAGCCAAAAAGGAGACCAAGUGUAUAGUGCCUACAAGAGAAAGGCCCAAAUGGUUUAAGGGACUAUAAAAAGUUGAUCUCUAAAACCAUGGGAAGGAACAGUCGGCUAAAGCAAAAGCAAAAGAGAAGUUAAUUCCUCAAUUUCACAAUCCAACAUCUAAGAUAAUAUCAACUCGGUUGUUGGAUGAGAGCAAGGUCACUGAAUCCAUUAAUUCCAUUUUAAAAAAAUUGAUGACUCUGGACAAAUUUGGAAGGGGGCCUUUUCCUUCUUUAUUUGGCUAGAUAUAACGGAAGGUAACAUGAAUGAGAUCAUCAACUAGUCAAUUUAUCUAUGAAUAUAUCUGUAAGUUGGAGAGUUUGAUUUGACAUAGAUCUAAAAGAUCCUUUUCCUCUCAACGAUGGAACAAAAGAAAAAUGCAGUAGGGUCUUCAAGCUCCACGCUUAGCCAACUUCUUGGGUUUUUGGUGGAUAAGAGUGGACAUGGGACUCGGGUUAGGGUGCAGCGUAACUAAGAGCCACUCCAUUUAGGUUGAGCCCGUAUGGUUAUGGGUGUGGGCACAAGCGAUCUAGUGUUCGAGCCAAUUGGUCAAAUGAUGACUUCACUCAUGGAGAGUUUGAUCCUGGCUCAGGAUGAAUGUUGGUGGCAUGCUUAACAUGUGCAAGUCAGACGAGAAGUGGUGUUUCCAGUGGAUGACAGGUGAGUAACGCGUAAGAACCUGUCCAUGGGAAGGGAACAACAGUUGGAAACGACUGCUAAUACCCUGUGCAUUGUGGUACAGUAGAGUGUCUAAUAUUUGUUCUUCAUUUCAACAUGAAGAAAACAUGCAGAAUCAUGUGAUGCUGGUGUCUUCAUACUCUGAAUAAAUGGCUGAUCACUCCUUAAUUGUGUCGGAGACUGCACUUAGUCUGGUAGAUCACACUCUGGUUAUUGGACAAGAAUUUCCCGAUGUUGAAACUUGCCGGAGAAUGUUGAAAGAUAUUGCUAUAGCUAUGCAUUUUGAUAUUCGAAUCGUUAAAUCUGAUCGUAGCCGGUUUAUAGCCAAGUGUUCCAAGGAAGGUUGCCCAUGGCGUGUGCACGUAGCAAAAUGCCCUGGAGUUCCAACCUUUACAGUUAGAACCUUACAUGGCGAGCAUACUUGUGAAGGUGUUCGUAAUCUUCAUCAUCAGCAAGCCUCCGUGGGAUGGGUUGCCAGAUCUGUGGCAGCACAAGUAAGAGAUAAUCCACAGUAUAAACCCAAGGAAAUCCUCCGGGAUAUCCGUGAUCAGCACGGAGUUGCUGUAUCUUACAUGCAAGCUUGGCGUGGGAAAGAACGUAGCAUGGCUGCACUUCAUGGAACUUUUGAAGAAGGGUAUCGCCUUCUUCCUGCAUAUUGUGAACAAAUAAGGAAAACAAACCCUGGAAGUAUUGCUUCAGUUUUUGCAACUGGACAGGAAAAUUGUUUCCAGCGCUUGUUUAUUUCUUACCGUGCCUCGAUAUAUGGGUUUAUAAAUGCCUGUAGGCCGCUUCUUGAACUUGAUAGGGCACAUCUUAAAGGAAAAUACUUGGGAGCCCUACUCUGUGCUGCUGUUGUUGAUGCGGAUGAUUCAUUGUUCCCAUUGGCCACUGCAGUUGUUGAUGUGGAGAGUGAUGAAAAUUGGAUGUGGUUCAUGUCAGAAUUGCGGAAGCUUCUUGGGGUAAAUACUGAUAGCAUGCCAAGAUUGACAAUACUAUCUGAAAGACAAAGAGGCAUCGUUGAGGCAGUCGAGACACAUUUUCCUAGUGCCUUUCAUGGAUUUUGUCUGCGUUAUGUAAGCGAAAAUUUUCGUGAUACAUUUAAAAACACAAAGUUGGUCAAUAUUUUUUGGAAUGCUGUUUAUGCUCUCACUGCAGCUGAAUUCGACAGCAAAAUUGCUGAAAUGGUGGAGAUCUCACAGGAAGUUAUAACGUGGUUUCAGCACUUCCCUCCCCAAUUGUGGGCAGUAGCAUAUUUUGAAGGUGUGCGAUAUGGCCAUUUUACAUUAGGGGUUACAGAGUUGUUAUAUAAUUGGGCACUUGAGUGUCACGAGCUCCCCAUUGUCCAGAUGAUGGAACAUAUCCGUAAUGAGAUGGCAUCUUGGUUUAACGAACGGCGUGAAAUGGGAAUGAGAUGGACCUCCAUUCUAGUGCCCUCUGCUGAGAAGCGGAUCGCUGAGGCAAUUGCAGAUGCUCGUUGUUAUCAAGUACUUCGUGCAAAUGAAGUUGAGUUUGAAAUUGUCUCAACUGAGCGGACAAAUAUUGUGGAGAUACAUAGUCGCGUGUGUUCUUGUCGUCGUUGGCAACUAUAUGGUCUGCCUUGUGCUCAUGCUGCUGCUGCUCUGAUGUCCUGUGGGCAGAAUGCUCAUCUAUUUGCUGAGCCUUGUUUCACUGUUGCUAGUUUCCGUGAAACUUAUUCGCAAAUGAUAUACCCGAUCCUCGACAAGAGCUUGUGGAAGGAGCCGGGUGAGGGGGCUGAGGGGGGAGGUGCAAAGGUUGAUAUCACAAUACGUCCUCCCAAAGUUCGUCGCCCACCCGGAAGGCCAAAAAAGAAAGUUCUCAGAGUUGAAAACUUGAAACGCCCAAAGAGGAUUGUACAAUGCGGUCGAUGUCAUUUGUUGGGACACUCUCAAAAGAAAUGCACGAUGCCAAUGUAACAUUCGGUAGAUUAUUGAAUAUAUUAUCUUCCCUCAGAAAUGCAAUAGAAUUAGUGAUAUGUGCAAUCUCAAUUCUCCUGUAACCUCUAGUUGCUGCUACAUAAGAUGCUAAGUUAUUUUUGGCUAAUUACAUAGUUUUUUUCUUUCGUUCUUUCUUUUCUUAAAAGAAAAAUGUUUAUAGUUCUUGCU